AUGAAUACAUCAGCCAAAGAGGGCACUGAGACUGAAAAUGCACAAGGUCAAAUGGAAAGGAGCGUGGACACGGUAGAUUAUCGGUCAUCCCCGGGACAAUGCCAAGAACUGAGGCCAGUGCAGGUGGUUCAUCAAUCACAUUCUCCUCCUGCAGUGGAUUCAAACAGCAGUGGAGCCAUCUUGGCCGAUGCUGCUGCUUCCGUUGCAUCCGCCCUUCAGUCGGCCAGGGAAGUUUUAUCCAGAAAUAACAGCACAAAUUCUAAACACCAGAUAGAUUCUUGAAACUUAUCAUCAUUACUAGACUUCUACCAUUCCUUUAUAUCCAAUUCUGUUUUGUAAACUGUGCUUUGGCUCAGUGUUUUGUCAUUCAGUCAAAAGUUGUUAGUAUUAUCCAAGCAUUCGCUGUUUCCUACACUCACAAAAAAAUUGAUUCUCUUUUCAGUAAUAUUCCAAAAUUGUAUCAGUAGAAAUACAAUUGUUACAUGGCUUCAAUUAUGUUGACAAUUUAGCUCAAUUAAUUAACUAAGGGUUUUUAUAAUCCCUUUUUUUUAUCCCAUAUUCUUAAUGCA